AUGGAUUAUAAAUCCAGAAAUUAUGGAUCCUCAAGUAAAAGGCGACGUUCCUAUUCUCCUGAAGUUGACUCCCGGGAUAGACACAAAACGAGAAGAACGAGCCCGCCUAAAUUAGAAAAAAACGAUGAUUUUAGCUUUUUGGAUCACAAAAGAAAUUUAAACAAAAUUAUCUCCUAUAGCAAUGAUGGUAAUCCCAUUGUGAAAAAUCUAGACGAUUUUUGGGUGUUUGUCAAAAAAUAUGAAGCUACAUUGAAAAAAGCGGGAAAACCUAUCUUAGAACAACAGACAGAUGUAACAGAAUAUAAUGAUAUUGGUAUACCUAUAAGCUUUUCUAAGCAUCACUGUAUUAAUUUUAUAAGUAAAAUGAAAUUUAUGGAUGUGUACGAUGAGAGGAACAAGAAAAAGUUAAAUAAAGAUAUUUUUGAUAUAUUUCUCAAUAUUGUAUCUAUAUAUUUAGACUUUAAAAAUAAAGAAAAAUUUGAUAGGUUAAAAAAGUUACGUAAAGCUCAAAGUGAAUUACCAGUUGCUAAAUACAGGAAUGAAAUAGUAUCAGCGGUACAAAAUGAAAGAGUGGUGAUUGUGGCCGGAGACACAGGUUGCGGUAAAUCAACACAAGUACCGCAGUACUUACAUGAAGCGGGAUUUCAAAAUAUAGCUUGCACCCAACCCAGAAGAAUUGCAUGUAUUUCACUAUCAAAGAGAGUAUCAUACGAAAUGUUGACUCAGUUUGAUACAAAAGUUGGAUAUCAGAUCAGAUUCGAGAAAAGCAAAACAUUGGAUACUAAAGUAUGUUUCAUCACUGAAGGUUUGCUCUUGAGGCAGAUGUCUUCAGAUAAUCUGCCCGAGUAUGAUGUUAUAAUUUUAGAUGAGAUACAUGAGCGUCAUCUAAUGGGUGAUUUUCUGCUCGGUGUACUAAAAUGCCUCAUACAUACAAGAACUGAUAUAAAACUAGUUCUCAUGUCUGCAACUAUUAAUAUUAAGUUGUUCGAAGAUUACUUUUCAGCCGAGUCCGCUGUAGUUAUACAGGUCCCUGGCAGACUGUUUUCAAUAGAAUUAAACUACAAACCUAUACUCAUAGAAGAAAAACCUUCCAGGCACGAUAAAUUAGAUCCGCAGCCAUAUGUACAGAUUAUGCAGUUGAUAGAUAGCAAAUAUCCUAAGGAAGAAAGGGGCGAUCUAUUGAUAUUUAUGUCUGGUGUACAAGAAAUAACUACAAUAUGUGACGCGGCGCAACAAUAUGCGGAGAAAACUAAGAAUUGGAUUGUACUGCCAUUGCAUAGUGCGUUGUCGCUUAUUGAACAAGAUAAGGUGUUUGACUAUCCGCCAGAUGGCGUUAGAAAAUGUAUAGUCUCAACGAACAUAGCCGAGACAUCCGUCACUAUAGAUGGCAUAAGAUUUGUUAUUGACUCUGGAAAGGUCAAAGAAAUGAGUUAUGAUUCGUCAACAAAAAUGCAAAGGUUGAAAGAAUUCUGGAUAUCAAAGGCUAGCGCUGACCAGAGGAAGGGGAGAGCGGGCAGGACUGGUCCAGGCGUUUGCUACAGAGUUUAUUCAGAGCAGCAGUUCAAUGAAAUGGAGCCGUACAGCACUCCAGAGGUAUCCCGUGUGCCGAUUACGUCACUGCUGCUAUUGAUGACGUCACUAGGUGUUAAUGACGUCAGACGGUUCCCCUUCAUAGAUGCACCGAGUGAUGCCGCUAUUGAGGAUGCUCUGUUAGAGUUAAAACAGCACGGAGCAUUAUCAUCCAAUGAGAAGUUAACACCACUCGGUCGGUGUAUAUCUUCAUUACCUUUGGAAGUAUCACUAGCUAAGUCGCUAGUGAUAGGUGCCACUUUACCUCCGCAGUGCCAAUAUGCUUCACUAGUACUGGCCGGAGCCCUAGGGCUUCGUGGAGUGCUCACGAGGAGAGGAAGAGACCUAGAUUGUGAGAAUGCUCGAAAGCCAGAUGAAUCAGAUCAUGGUGAUCCUAUAACACUUCUAUGUUUGUAUUGCUCGUGGUUGAAAGAAAAAUCUUCGGGUUUAAGUCGAGCUUGGUGCAGACGACGUGGUAUAGAAGAACAGAGAUUAUAUGAACUAACUAAAUUGACCGCACAGCUAAGAUCGUUAUUACAGGAUAACAAUCUAUUGGAUUCUCCGGAGCCGGAGACAAUGUCUUCAUCAGAGAGAGCGAUGAGACAUGGACAAUUGAAACAACUCAAAGAUCUUAGAAGACAGUACAAACAGAAGGCUGCUGAGGAUUCAAAACGUCGUAAGCGCCUCAAGGUCGACACUUGGGAGAUAGCUGAUGAUAAUGAUGAUGACGUCAUCGAUGUAAGAGAUAUUGAGUUCAGGAUGACCAAUGAUGCUGCGAGGAUACGGGAAUUGAUUAACGGAGCCAGUACUAGCAGAGGACAGGAUCUUAUCAUGUUAAAGAUCGUGUUAUGCAGAGCUUUGUAUCCGCAAAUAGCAAUCGCAGACGAAUUCAAUUACUGCAAGACAGAGCAAUUAUAUCACACUUGGAGCAAACCAUUCGUGUUUCUACAUCCUACAUCAUAUUUCGGGAGAUAUCCUAAAGUACUGCAACUGACUGAGACAGACAUACAGACAGCGCCGGGGUAUAAAAGCAAGCUGCCACUAUCAAAUAAACACCAACUAUUGUGUUACUUGUCACUCCUUGAAACUACAAAGCCAUACAUAGUUAAUUCAAUGCGUAUGCCGGCAGCGCAGACAUUGCUUCUUCUAGCACAUUCUAUAGAUACAAACUCUGGAUUCACAAGGAUAGUAUGUGAUUCCUGGCUUCUCCUGGAAUUCCCUUUCCCUGAAUCUGGAUGUCAGUUAUUAUACAAAGCAUCCACAAUAAGGAAGAAAUGGGACCAACUGAUUAAUAGAAAACUUGCAGAUGCAAAUCCCAACAAAUCAGUGGAAACCGAGCUUCAGAAAUCAAAUGAAAUGGGUUAUGAGGAACAACAACAUGAAUUAUCAUGUGAUAUAAGUAAAUAUAUGAACUGUGAUGUGUCAUAUACUAUCAAGAGGUUGUUGCCGGGGGACUUGAAAGUAUUGUAUGAUGGUAACAUUCAUCCAGAUAUUUCUCCGAAUCCAUUCAAUGAAACAUAUAUCUGUAAACCUCAUGAUAAGAAGGGUGGUGUGUAUGUAACCGAUAAUAUUGUAUAUAAUUGUGUUGUAGAUUCAGAGUGGAGUUACGAUAGUUAUCAAGAAACCUAUAGCAUACCGUGGGUUUGUCCGCAAUGCGAAAUGACUGUCUGUCUGUCACCCUUAGAACGAUUACAGCAUAGAAUAUUCACUUGCUCGUCAAAAACUGUGAAACCGAUCGAGAAGACGACUAAACGCAACAACAGACCCAAUACUAAGGAAUUUAUUUGUGAUGUCUGUAAAACAACUAUGUUUCUAACACCAGUUGAAAUAUUGAAACAUAAGAAGGCUUGCGAAAUAAAGGAGGAAUGA